GGUUCAAUACUUCAAUGAAUUGAUCUUCCGUAAACAAAUUUACCAAAACCCUCAAUCACCCCACCCCGACUCCCCCCAACCUCACUCCUCUCCCAAAAAAAACAGAGAGGGGUAGAAGAAAAUAAUUGAGCUGCCAAUUCUCGAUUCUAAUUGUAUUGUUCUCAAAGAGGAACACUGAAUUUCUGGGUAGAUUUUGAUUUCUGGAUUUAAUUCAAUCAAGAUUCAAAUGUCGUGGUCCGGUCCUGAAGAUCUGUAUCUGUCAACUUCUCUCGCCAGCUAUCUUGACAGAAAAAUUCUUGUUUUACUACGAGAUGGGCGGAAACUCUUGGGGACACUUUGUUCAUUUGAUCAAUUCGCGAAUGCUGUUCUUGAAGGUGCAUGUGAAAGAGUCAUUGUUGGUGACCUUUAUUGUGACAUCCCAUUAGGUUUAUACGUAAUCCGUGGGGAGAACGUGGUCUUGAUUGGUGAGCUGGAUUCGGAAAAAGAGGAUCUCCCUCCUCACAUGUCACGUGUAUCAGUCGCCGAGAUAAGAAAGGCUCAAAAGGCCGAGAGGGAUGCCACCGAUCUUAAAGGGUUAAUAAGAAAGAGGAUGGAGUUCCUUGAUAUGGACUGAAAACAUAUGCAUUGUGUUUGUUGUUGGUGUUCAGAGAGUUAUUUUUCCUUAUCAACACCAUACUUAUGCCCACAUCGUCUGCUAGUCGGUCUGAAUAUUCUAAAGACCAAGAUUUUGCAAUGGAUGAUGUGCCCACAGGCCACAGUAUUGUCAAGCAUUAUCGUUAAGUUAAGACGCUGAUUAAUUUGUACAAGAUUGUGUAGAUUUAACUAUUAUUAGUUGAUGCCUGUUUUUUUAUGGUCCUAGACAACAUCCCAGGGGGUUUAAUCUCUUUUAUUUUCCAGUGUUGAUCUCUCGUUCUUUAAUAUAAUAAGACCUUUGAUGA